AUGUCUAAUCCCCAAACCUAUACAGUCGGUUGGAUCUGCGCCGUCACUCCCGAGUCCGUCGCCGCCCGAGUUUUCCUUGACGAUGAACAUGAACCCCCGCGACAGGUCGCCCAAAACGACAACAACAGCUAUAUUCUGGGCAGGAUCGGCAGCCAUAACGUUGUCGUUGCCACCCUACCCGAUGGCGAAUAUGGGACGACCACGGCGGCAGCAGUGGCCAGAGACAUGCUCCACAGCUUUCCAAACGUCCGCAUCGGGCUGAUGGUCGGUAUUGGGGGCGGCGCGCCUAGCCGCAAACAUGAUAUACGGCUCGGGGAUGUUGUUGUCAGUAGCCCAAGCGGCGGGAAAGGCGGCGUUUUCCAGUAUGACUUUGGUAAAACUAUCCAGAACCUCUCUUUCCAAGAAACUGGAUUUUUGAACCAACCGCCGAUGGUGCUACGAACAGCGCUUGCCGCACUUAGAAGCUCGUAUGAAAUGAAGGGCCACCAGCUGGCCAAUAACAUAGACGAGGCCUUACAGAAGAUCAAGAAGCGGAAGAAAUAUACACGGCCUGGCUUAACAAGCGACAGAUUACAUAGAUCUGACAUUGUGCAUCCCUCGGAUUCAUCCGAUGACUGCGACGUAUGCGGCGACGAUACUACCUCCCUAAUAGCCCGACCCAAACGAGACGAAGAGGCCGACGAUCCUGCCAUCCACUACGGCCUGAUUGCUAGUGGAAAUCAGCUGAUGAAGGAUGCGCGUAUCCGGGAUAAGUUAGCGGCGGAAAGGGAUGUCCUCUGCUUCGAGAUGGAGGCUGCAGGCCUAUUAAACCACUUCCCGUGUCUAGUCAUCCGGGGAAUCUGCGACUACGCCGACUCGCAUAAGAAUAAGGAAUGGCGAGGAUUCGCGGCCAUGAUGGCGGCGGCCUAUGCGAAGGAUCUCUUACUUCAGAUCCCACCAAAUAGCGUUGAGGCAGAGAAGCCAAUCCUUGACGUACUCAACACUAUUCAGGGAGAUAUACACCGCUUGAAUCAGACGGUUGAGACCAUGCACUCGAAACAUACGGUUCUUUUGUUUGACGUACAAAAGGGCAUAGAGGAUCUAAAGCUCGGUAAAGCCGAGGAUCUAUCUAUUGCCCGCAAACCUCAUUUCGUCGUACCGUUUGCUUCCGAUCCUGGCUUCGUGAGCCGACCCAAGAUCUGGGAAUGGAUGGAAAGGCAGUAUGCUGGGCCUGAGAGCCGCUUCGGUCUCGUGGGUCUGGGUGGGUUUGGCAAAUCGCAGAUGGCCAUCCAAUUCGCUUACCACGUCCAAGCCGCCUCGUCCGAAACUAGCGUCUUCUGGGUCCGCGGCAGCACAAACGCAACAUUCGAAGAGUCCUACCGCUCUAUAGCAGAUGUGCUAGCUCUUCCUCGUCGCCACGAUCCUGGCGCCAAUGUCGCAGCGCUGGUCCGCGACUGGCUGCAGAGAGACGAUGCGGGGGCGUGGCUUAUGAUUGUCGAUAAUGUGGAUGACGUCACGCUGCUGUUAUCAAAAGACGGUGUUGACGACAGCACACCGACGCCGAUAGCAUCGUACCUACCCAAUUCGGAUAAUGGCAAGAUCCUCUUUACGUCGCGCAGCCGGGACGCCGCAGAGAGGCUGACAGGCACCGGCAAGACGAUUCUUGAAGUGCCUGUAAUGGAUAAAGAACAGGCACUAUUGCUUCUCCAAAACAAGAUAGGCCAAGACAUCGAUGAGGCCGCCGCGUUGAGUCUGAUUCAUACUCUCGACUAUAUCCCGCUCGCUAUAAGCCAAGCAGCAGCAUACAUCCAUAAACGAAGUCCUCGGGUAACAUUUCAUUCCUAUUUGGACGAGUUCCAGAAGAGUGAAAAGCGGAAGGGCACUCUACUUCGCAGUGAUAGAGGGGAUAUCAGGCGAUAUGAAGGGGUAUCUAACUCUGUCAUUAUAACGUGGCAAGUGACAUUUGAACAGAUCAAACGGGAGCAACCAGGAGCUUCUAACCUUCUGUCACUGAUGAGCUAUUUCAAUGCACAAAACAUACCUGAGUAUAUGCUGUAUAGAUAUAACAGCAACCCAUUAAAACCUAAGGAGAGUGACAACGACGAAGACGACGACGACGACGAUGAAGCUAACGACGACCAUGAUUUUGAGAACGAUUUGGAUAUGCUCCGAAGCUAUUCGCUUAUUUCACUGAGUAUGGUGCCUGGGUUCUGCGAGAUGCACUCACUAGUACAGUUUUGUACAAAGGAAUGGAUUUCCGAACUCGGUUGCCCAGCGCGAUGGAAGAAACUCUUCCUCCAGUCGGCAUCGCAACACUUCCCAUCAGGUGUAUUUGAAACGUGGGAACAGUGUCAAACAUUGAUGCCCCAUGUCCAGCCGCUGUUGAAUGAAAAGCCGUCUGAAGAAAGCGACCAGUUAAAGUGGAGCAAGCUGCUGACGAAUGUGUGUUGGUACUCACUUAUGCUAGGGGACUAUUCGAGGGCUGAGGCUGUUAUACAAGAGGCUGUACGAGUUCGUGAGGAAUAUCUAGGUCAUGAGCAUCCCUCCACACUGACGAGCAUGGCCAACCUGGCGUCGACGUUUUGGAACCAAGGCCGAUGGAAGGAGGCCGAGGAGCUGUUUGUGCGGGUGAUGGAGACGUUCAAGAGGGUGCUUGGAGAGGAGCAUCCCGACACACUAAAAAGCAUGGGCAACCUAGCGUCGACGUUUAGGAACCAAGGCCGAUGGAAGGAGGCUGAGGAGCUGGAGGUGCGGGUGAUGGAGACGAGUUUGAGGGUGCUUGGAGAGAAGCAUCCCGACACACUAACGAGCAUAGCCAACCUAGCGUCGACGUUUUGGAACCAAGGCCGAUGGAAGGAGGCUGAGGAGCUGGAGGUGCGGGUGAUGGAGACGAGUUUGAGGGUGCUUGGAGAGGAGCAUCCCGACACACUGACGAGCAUGGCCAACCUGGCGUCGACGUAUAGGAACCAAGGCCGAUGGAAGGAGGCCGAGGAGCUGUUUGUGCGGGUGAUGGAGACGAGUUUGAGGGUGCUUGGAGAGGAGCAUCCCGACACACUAAAAAGCAUGGCCAACCUGGCGUUGACGUACAGGAACCAAGGCCGAUGGAAGGAGGCCGAGGAGAUGUUUGUGCGGGUGAUGGAGACGAGUUUGAGGGUGCUUGGAGAGGAGCAUCCCGACACACUAACGAGCAUAGCCAACCUAGCGUCGACGUUUUGGAACCAAGGCCGAUGGAAGGAGGCUGAGGAGCUGGAGGUGCGGGUGAUGGAGACGAGAAAGAGGGUGCUUGGAGAGGAGCAUCCCGACACACUAACGAGCAUAGCCAACCUAGCGUCGACGUUUUGGAACCAAGGCCGAUGGAAGGAGGCCGAAGAGCUGUUUGUGCGGGUGAUGGAGACGAGUUUGAGGGUGCUUGGAGAGGAGCAUCCCAACACACUGAUGAGCAUGGCUAACCUAGCGUUAACAUAUAUGAACCAAGGCCGAUGGAAGGAGGCCGAGGAGCUAAACGUGCGGGUGAUGGAGACGAGAAAGAGGGUGCUUAGAGAGGAGCAUCCUAACAUACUGACGAGCAUGGCUAAUCUGGCGUCGACGUUUUGGAACCAAGGCCGAUGGAAGGAGGCCGAGGAGCUGUUCGUGCGGGUGAUGGAGACGAGUUUGAGGGUGCUUGGAGAGGAGCAUCCCAACACACUGAUGAGCAUGGCUAACCUAGCGUUAACAUAUAUGAACCAAGGCCGAUGGAAGGAGGCCGAGGAGCUAAACGUGCGGGUGAUGGAGACGAGAAAGAGGGUGCUUAGAGAGGAGCAUCCCGACAUACUAAUAAGCAUAGCCAACCUAGCGUCAACGUUUUGGAACCAAGGCCGAUGGAAGGAGGCUGAGGAGCUAGAUAUGCGGGUAAUAGAGAUGAGUUUGAGGGUGCUUGGAGAGGAGCAUCCCGACACACUAACGAGCAUGGCCAACCUGGCGUCGACGUUUAGGAACCAAGGCCGAUGGAAGGAGGCUGAGGAGCUAGAGGUGCGGGUGAUGGAGACGAGAAAGAGGGUGCUUGGAGAGGAGCAUCCCGACACACUGAUGAGCAUGGCCAACCUAGCAUCAACGUUUUGGAACCAAGGCCGAUGGAAGGAGGCCGAGGAGCUAGAGGUGCGGGUGAUGGAGACGAGAAAGAGGGUGCUUGGAGAGGAGCAUCCCUCCACACUGACGAGCAUGGCCAACCUGGCUCAUACGUGGAAAAGCCAGGGCCGGCGGGUCGACGCAAUCCAGUUGAUGCGUGACUGCCUUGGGCUUCAGCAACGCUGCCUUGGAGUCAAUCAUCCCGACACCAUAUCCUCCCUUUCAAAUCUUGAGGAGUGGGAAAACGUUGAGGUUGCAAAAAAAGCGAAUCAUCUUCAAGGUUCCGAAGCGGAAGAAGCGAGUUAG